CUUACAGUUUUCAUCUGAGAUUGGGCAUAUUUUUGUAUGUUAAAGAAUGGACCAUUUAAGGGAUUUGCUUGUCUGUAAAAUAUCUCUUCAAACUCUUUUUCCAUUUUUCUGUUGGACUUUUUUUUUUCUGUUAAUUUUUAGGAGCUCUUUAUAUAUUAGGGAGAGUACUUCUUUCUUUGCAGAUGUUGUCUUCUCAAAUUAUUGUUUGACAUUGCAAAAACUUUAGUUGAAGGGUGCAUCUCUAAAUUUUUACUAAGGAUAUCUUCCUAAAUAUUUCUUACUUUUUAUUUUUUUUCUUUUUCUCCCUCCUUUCUUUCGUCCCUCCCUCAUUUUUCUCUUCUUUCCCUCCCAGCCCAAUUUCUUAAAAAAGGAUUUGAGAGCCUAAAGAUGAUUUAUCAUUGAACAAUAAUCAAUUCAGUGGGUGAAUAUUAAGUGCUUUUAAUAUAUAUGACCCUGGUUCAUUUAUUUUGAAGGCCAUGUUUUUGGUAUACUGUGCACUGGAGAAAGAACCUGUGCCAAUGUCCUUGCCUCCAGCCUUGGUGCCACCAUCUAAGAGAAAAACGUGGGUUGUAUCCCCUGCAGAAAAAGCUAAAUAUGAUGAAAUCUUCCUGAAAACUGAUAAAGAUAUGGACGGAUUUGUGUCUGGACUGGAGGUCCGUGAAAUCUUCUUGAAAACAGGUUUACCUUCUACCUUACUAGCCCAUAUAUGGUCAUUAUGCGACACAAAGGACUGUGGGAAACUUUCAAAGGAUCAAUUUGCCUUGGCUUUUCACUUAAUCAGUCAGAAGUUAAUCAAGGGCAUUGAUCCUCCUCACGUUCUUACUCCUGAAAUGAUUCCACCAUCAGACAGGGCCAGUUUACAAAAGAACAUCAUAGGAUCAAGUCCUGUUGCAGAUUUCUCUGCUAUUAAGGAACUAGAUACUCUUAACAAUGAAAUAGUUGACCUACAGAGGGAAAAGAAUAAUGUGGAACAGGACCUUAAGGAGAAAGAAGAUACUAUUAAACAAAGGACAAGCGAGGUUCAAGAUCUUCAAGAUGAAGUUCAAAGGGAGAAUACUAAUCUGCAAAAACUACAGGCCCAGAAACAGCAGGUACAGGAACUCCUUGAUGAACUGGAUGAGCAGAAAGCCCAGCUGGAGGAGCAACUCAAGGAAGUCAGAAAGAAAUGUGCUGAGGAGGCCCAACUGAUCUCUUCUCUGAAAGCUGAAUUAACUAGUCAGGAAUCACAGAUCUCCACUUAUGAAGAAGAAUUGGCAAAAGCUAGAGAAGAGCUGAGCCGUCUACAGCAGGAAACAGCAGAAUUGGAGGAGAGUGUAGAGUCAGGGAAGGCUCAACUGGAACCUCUUCAGCAGCACCUACAAGAUUCACAACAGGAAAUUAGUUCAAUGCAAAUGAAACUGAUGGAAAUGAAAGAUUUGGAAAAUCAUAAUAAUACGUUAAAUUGGUGCAGUAGCCCACACAGCAUUCUUGUAAAUGGAGCUACAGAUUAUUGCAGCCUCAGCACCAGCAGCAGUGAAACAGCCAACCUUAAUGAACAUGCUGAAGGCCAGAGCAACCUAGAGUCUGAGCCCAUACACCAGGAAUCUCCAGCAAGAAGUAGUCCUGAACUACUGCCUUCUGGUGUGACUGAUGAAAAUGAGGUGACUACAGCUGUUACUGAAAAAGUUUGUUCUGAACUCGAUAAUAACAGACAUUCAAAAGAGGAAGAUCCAUUUAAUGUAGACUCAAGUUCGCUGACAGAUCCAGUUGCAGAUACAAACUUGGAUUUUUUCCAGUCUGAUCCUUUCGUUGGCAGUGAUCCUUUCAAGGAUGAUCCUUUUGGAAAAAUCGAUCCAUUUGGUGGUGAUCCUUUCAAAGGUUCAGAUCCAUUUGCAUCAGACUGUUUCUUCAGGCAAUCUACUGAUCCUUUUGCCACUUCAAGCACUGACCCUUUCAGUGCAGCCAACAAUAGCAAUAUUACAUCGGUGGAAACAUUGAAGCACAAUGAUCCUUUUGCUCCUGGUGGAACAGUUGUUGCAGCAAGCGAUUCAGCCACAGACCCCUUUGCUUCUGUUUUUGGGAAUGAAUCAUUUGGAGAUGGAUUCGCCGACUUCAGCACAUUGUCAAAGGUCAACAAUGAAGAUCCUUUUAGUUCAGCCACAUCGAGCUCUGUAAGCAAUGCAAUGAUUACAAAAAAUGUAUUUGAGGAAACAUCGGUGAAAAGUGAAGAUGAACCCCCAGCGCUACCACCAAAGGUCGGAACUCCAACAAGACCCUGCCCACCACCACCUGGGAAAAGAUCCAUCAACAAACUGGAUUCUCCUGAUCCCUUUAAACUGAAUGAUCCAUUUCAGCCUUUCCCAGGCAAUGAUAGCCCCAAAGAAAAAGAUCCUGAAAUGUUUUGUGAUCCAUUCACUUCUUCUGCUACUACCACUACCAAUAGAGAGGCUGAUCCAAGCAAUUUUGCCAACUUCAGUGCUUAUCCCUCUGAGGAAGAUAUGAUCGAAUGGGCCAAAAGGGAAAGUGAGAGAGAAGAAGAGCAGAGGCUUGCCCGACUAAAUCAGCAAGAACAAGAAGACUUAGAACUGGCUAUUGCACUCAGCAAAUCUGAGAUAUCAGAAGCAUGAAGAAUUCUCUUGUUCUUUGGCAACAAUAUAGUAGUACUCUUCUUCCUGAAUACUGAAACUAUUUACAAUGUGUAUCAAAACUACCUGUGAGCAUGGGAAUACAAAAGGUUUGAGAUUCCUAUAAAUGUGACAAAAUUUUAGGAUUUUUUUUUUCUUCAUUACAGAUUUGUCUUUUUUUUUCUUAUAAAUGCCGUAACCCAGUCAGACAAAUUCACCUUCACUUAGGCCCCUGGCCCCUGUUCUGGUAUACAUUUACUGUGAGCUUUUGCCUGCCUGUGCUAUUUUACUUGUAAAGCUAGAGCACCCAAGCUUCUGCUUUCUGGAAUAUAGAGAAAUAGUUUCACCCUGCACUACGCUGUUCUGUAGUUAUUCUGAUGAUAGCCAGUGAGGUUCUUAAAGUUUGCAGUAUUCUCCCCUGAUUGGAAUGGUUGAGUGAGGAUAAGGGAAAGAAUAUCUUACUUCUUUUAUGAUUGGUGCAAAUUGGCUAAAGUGCAUUUUUAAAUUUCCUUAUAGUAAAAAUACUACUUAAUUUGUUUUUUAGAGACAAGGAAAAAUAUUUUGCACAGAUUUACUCCAGUAUGGAAAAGGGACACUUUAGGUUGAACCAUUAUAGCCUCAGAUUCGAUCUUUUCCUAACUAAAAAUAUUAAAGCCUCAUGUGUGAAAUAAAUUUUUUUAAAGAUUUAUCUGGAUUUAGAGAAUUUUAGAUCAACAGAUACCUCUCGGUGUGUUUGCUAAUUAAUAAAAAUUAGUUUCUUACAAAUAAAGUUUGUAAGAAAAUGUUCAUUUUAAGUGCUAGAUAGUGGAGAAAAUUUAUCACCUAAAAUAUACCCAUCAGUAUAAGGCAAGCAAAAGUCUUAACAUGGCAGCCAUUCUGCCUUUGCCGUGGCCCUGUCCUGUUUAGUUCUUAGUGGGUUUAUUUUUGUACUUUUGCAGAAGAAACUUCAGCAAGCUAGAACUGGAAGGUACUUUAAUUUUUCAUAUAUACUUGUUUUUUUUUUUUUUUUUAAUGAAGGCUCAUUUACUUGAAAUGUAAAAACUUUCACUGAAUACAAAUAGGAAAAAAAGUGAUAUGUUUUAUAUCAUAUUGCUUUUUGUCCAUCUUUGUGGUUUAGUUUAUUUACUCACUUCAUGUUUUUCACCUAUAAAAUUGUCAAGCUAGCAACAAAACUCUUGUUUGUUUAAUUGGGAGAGAAGAGACCUGCCAGAUUAUCAAAACUCUUCACGUGUUAAAAGACCACUCCUGUAAAACCGACCUAGUGGACAAGCUGAAUUUCAAAUAGACUGUGAAGUAAGCUGUAACUUGUCAUUUUAAUUUUGUUUAACAUGGUUACUGACUUAGAUGAUGUAUUGAAUACCAAGAUAAAGAAAAAUGCACCUAAAAUCUAAUUAGAAUUAUCUGGGUCACCAAGUCAAGGUGGUAUUGAUCUGUGUUAAUCUGAGUAACUUAUUGCCUAGCCUAUAAAUAAAUUUCAAAGUAUCCAAUUCAUUUCUUCUU